AUGGACGCCGCGAACCGACAGUCAAUGCUGCCCACCAUUCAGACGACGCACCAUGGAGACCCAACUACCAGCAGGACCACCGCCGCAGAGCUUCGGAGCGCCUCGACAUCGUCGCUGGGGGGCAAGAGGCGCAGUUUUCUAGCCAAGACCUUCAGGAAGGUCAGCGGCAGCACCUCCUCCACCGACCUCGCAUCCAUGUCCGAGGACGCAUCCGGUGGCCUCCAUAUGAAGUCAAAACGCGUCCUUCACAAGAACAACGGAUCCGGUGGCUCGAACUCGUCCUCCAUAUUCUACCGUAUUAACCGACGAGCUUCCAAGGACUCGUCCGCGAGCUCCCACAUGUCUGAGGAGGCUCCAAACUAUCUCAGCCCCCAGCCGCCCUCAAACCCUGUCAGGGUACUCAAGCAUGGACCGUUGAAGACCGACAGUCGCUUGUGGAAGUCCCGCGCAGAGUAUGUCGUCUUGACUGAUGGACAUCUGAUCAAAUUUAGCAGCGUCGAAGCAGCGAGAUCGAAUUUCACCGAAUUAGCUCCUCCGACAGCACGCCUAAAAAGGUCAUCAACUUCGUCGACGUUGAGUCAGGACGGGACCCAUUCAGACGGCCGGGUUGAGAUCCCCCUGUGCAGAAUCGUCAAUAUUUUCAACGAAGAGGGUGUAAGUCCGCACUUUGGACUGGAUGUAUGGUGGUCCGAGACUUCUCCGUUGGUAUCAUGGGCAUGCACAAAACUCUUUUUUGAAAUGCCUGCAGAACGAGACGAUUGGAUGUCGGAAAUUCGCCAUGCUAUUCGUGAAUCUGUGGGUUCUUCCACUGUGCCAAAAGGUCUCAUUGCGUCCAAUGUCGAGGCAGCCAUCUACGCCAUCGUCGCGACAGAAGAGCCGCCAUGCCGUGGAUGCCCGCUAGACAUCUUCCCCGUCGUCCACCGGACUACCCUUCUGAGUUCCAAAGCCGAGAACACGGAAAACGCGAAAAAGUCUCGUGACGGCUCAUCCUAUUACUUGCUCCUCGGCCAGAACAAGUGCUAUCUUAUUCGGGUUGCUAGGACCUCGGUGUACAAGGCGCCCCAGGAUAUCGAUAUCAACACUGUGGCUUUUGGCCUGACGUCGCUGGUCCGGUUGAAGGCUACCAUGGUCCCCCACGAGGAGCGGUUUGUUCUCGGGUUCCGGCUACCUUGCGAAAACGAAAAACGCCUUGAGCUCGCUAGCCGCUGGUACCGAGAAAUCGUCAUGACAUUCAUGAAGGCAGACCGUGCAGUAAGGCCGGCAUGGCCUCAGCAUAUGCAAAGGGACAUUUUCGACAUCCGAGGCCUGACUGCUCAGCUUCUGCUUCCCUCGGGUCAGGAUUACGGUGGCCUCAAGCGAACUCUCGAAGCCUACUGUGCCACCUUCAAAUGCAAGGCUCCCGAAUGGACGGUAAACUGGAAGUGCGAGCGUAGGGAACAUUGCCCCGAGUUCCGGCUUCUCCCUGCGAGGGAACCAGGUGGAUACUCGGCUCUCCAACUUUUGGCGGUCUUCAAGGCCCUCCGAUUCAACGACUACUUCAAGGCUUUAUCUUUCCGUGAUGUCGACUUCUCUCCCCUGUGCGGAUUAACCGACGUCCCGGGCUGGGAUGAGUCUGUGGCAGAUGUCAACAGGGACGGACUCGUGAUCGACGGCGCGCACCGCGACAUCCUCAAGUCUGCGCCGUUACUGUCCCAAGAGAUCCACGCCGUUGCCUUCACCUCCGGGUCGGUCAGAAAGAUCGACUUGACCAACGUGUUGGCGUCGCGGAACAUUGUGGGGGUCUCGCGCACUCGAGCCGGUUCUAAAAAGGAACCCGAAGUUGUUCGGCCGAUCCUCCUACUCCUCAAAACUGGCAGCAUCCCCUGCGACACUCUACUUGUCGGCGGAAACCCGUUGACAGCAGCUGAGGUUGACGAUCUGGUGGACGUGUUGCACAUUCCCGAUCUUCUGAAAGAACUGGACAUUUCGAGAUGUAAUCUCGAUGAGAAAAGUUUGGAAGAGAUAUGGGACGCCUUGCCAUCCCAAGGAUACAAGAUGGAAGCAUUAAAUACCUCCCGCAAUAUCGGUCAUGUAGAUCACAUGGUUGUCAAGAGCAACCUUUCCCACUUUAUCUGCCUUCGCAAGCUCGGUAUCGCCGGCAGCUGUCUCAGCCAGUUCAGAGACCCCAUCUUUUUUGAUGAAACUAUCAUGAGGUGGGGCUUAGAGGAACUGGAUCUUUCGAACAUCAAUCUGAACGAUGCCACGUUACAAGUUUUGGGCAACUAUCUGCAGUGCCCCGAGGCCAACUAUUUGCGCAGGCUGGAUCUCAACAACUGCGGGAUGACCGGCACCCAGAUUGCUGAAUUGUUCAACAGUAUGGGCCAGGGUAGAGUGAUGACGUGCUCCAUCAGCGGCAAUUACCUUGAGACUGGCACGGAAGCAUUGGCGAAUGCGAUUGCGUGCAACUUCGGGCCAACAUCGUUGUUCAUGGACAUGAUCGAGUUCCAGAACGAGAAGAACUAUAUUAGGAUCAUCAAGGCACUAUCCCUCAACCGGACCAUCCGGCUCCUCAGUCUGGUGGGAACGUCAACUCCUGGGCAAGUCAGCGAAGAGGCAUGCAUGGCUGUGUCGGACUUUUUUGCCACGAAUCAGUCGGUCCAGUAUCUUGACUUCUCUGGAUUUUCUGCCAAGCUCGACGAGGGUCAGCUGGGCUUGGGAUUCUCGCGCUCUCUGUCUGGACUUGCCGAGAAUACAGGACUGCGCCACCUGCGAAUCCGUAAUCAAAAGCUCAAUCUGAACAUCGGCGACCUGGCGCACGCCAUCCACCUUAACCAGACUCUAACAACUUUGGAUGUGCAGGAGAACAACUUCAACCUGUCGAACCUGUCGCACAUGGCGAAAGCUCUCGACCAGAACAGCUCCAUCCAGGAGUUCUGCCCCUUCUCGCGCUCCGAGCUCAAUGCAGCUGUCAAGUCCAGCGUCCAAAACGUGGGAAUGCCCACUGGUCAGCCCUCAUCUGCACGAGCUCGCCGAGCAUCCAAGGUCCUUUCCAAGGCUGCGUUCGAGAACUUCGCAAUGGAAAUGGAUAAGAACAAUACUCUCAUGCAAAACCUUAAGGAUGAAUGGAGUGUCAAGACAGCUCAGAUUGAUCGUGUCCUUGAGAGGAACCGAACGUUGUCCCUCGAGAAGGAGAUGGCUCGCAUGCAGUGGGAUCCUCAGGAAGAGAGCCAGGAGGACUGGAUCACUCUGGAGCUCGGCAACGUUUUCGGCGGGCUCGCGGUCAAGGCCAUGAAGACUCGGCGCAAGAUCAUGCAACCCGGUUACCGUGGAAGCGUGUACUUUGGCGACAACACACCUCCUCUUGAGCCCACGCAGGAGUUUGGUGCUUAUGCGGCUCCGCAUCACGUCACACGGGAGGAAGUCAUUGAAAGCCCCGCGACAGAAGGCGCUAGUGGUUCUUCUGGUCUUCCGACCCCCCCCGAAUGGGCACCAGCAGAAAGCUCCAUCAAGGAAUAUGCCAUAGCAUCGAGCGCACCCCAAUCUUGCGAUGCCCCACGCAUUUUGGAUGAAAACGCCGACGACUUCGACCUUUCUCUCCUGAAACAUAUGAUACAACACGGAUUUGCCCUCGAUGAAGCGACGCAGGCCCAGUCCGAAGACGUCGACAGGAAAGCAGGGACCACCGUGUCAACCACGACACUACGAUAA